AUGCCAGGAAAGGUCCUCAUCAACCAGCCCUUCCCACCCCCAGCCCCACAUCUGGGUCUCAUCACUCUGGUAAUGCACAGGAGGUGUGGCCCAGACCGCUACAGAGGAGCCUCGGAGGGAAGCAGAAGCCAGAACACAGCUCACCCACUACUGAGAGUAACCCAGUGGAUACUUCCAGCUGCCACCCUGGAGGUCCUAGCAUCCAGUGCCCUUCAGUCACCCCCGGGGGGAGAGAUGCAGAGAGACACACCGCUGGUGUCACCAUCUGCAGCCCCAAAUGCUGUGAUGGCUGUAGACCAAGAAGCCAGCACAUCAGGGGACCGGAGCAAGAGUGAGACUGGGGCCUCCAUCAGCCCCCAAACCCUGCGGAAGCCCAGCAUGUCCAAGGUGAUUCUGAGGGCUGUGACUGACAAGGGAGUUCACAGCCGUGUGUCCCUUGCUGCCUUGAAGAAAGCUGUGGCCACCACAGGCUACAACAUGGCCAACAACAGCUGGCGCUUCAAGCGUGCACUCCAGAAUCUACUGAAGAAAGGCAUGCUCAAGCAGGUGACCGGCAAGGGUGCCUCGGGCUCUUUCCGCCUGGGCAAGAAGCAGGCCUUCAAGCCCAAGCGCAAGGCCAAGAGACGCCAGCGGAGGGGGCGGAGGCAGGAACCCAGGCAGCGCCAGUCUGGACCACGCCAGUCACUAGUAGGCUCCAGAAAGAGCCAUAAACGGCUUUUGAAGGGAGUUCGUAGGGUGGCCAAAUGCCGCCGCCAUUAA